UUUUUUUUUUCCUUUCCUUUCAUUUUUUUAUUUUUUUUUUAAUUUUUUUUUCCAACAAAUAUGUUUAUCGAUAACCUUCCAUUAGAGCUUGAGUUACUUAUAUUUAAAGACAUUUCCAAAACAAGCAUGUUACAAUGUCUUCUUGUAUGCAAAACUUGGCAUAGAGUACUGGCUCCAUUUUGUUUUAAUCAAGUUACCUUAUCACGGAAGCACGCUCAAUUUGUCGCCAUGUUAAGUAAACCACGAUCUAAUUACCAAAAGUACACACAAAAAAUAAUCCUUAAAUGUCGUAAAUCAAAUCUCAUGAGCAUAGACGACUUUUCAAGGCUGUUUUCAUUUUUGCCUCAUCUAAUAGAAAUUGAAUUUCAAGGUAGAAGUUAUCUUGAAUGGUUCUUGCAAAAUAUUAUUCACACUGAUUCAAAUAAUUUAAAGGGUGUUAAACGAAUCAGCAUCAACGAUUCAUUGUCCAUAAGUAAACAUCUGAAACUAUUAUAUCUUGAUGCAAAUCUUCGAUUAUGCGAUUCGAUUACCUAUUUAUCUUUAGGACCUUGUAUCUUUAAAAAGCAGCAUGAAUUGAUCGAUUAUGUAUCAAAAUUCAAACAAUUAAAAGAACUUCAUUUACGCAAUACAUGCCGUCUGAUGGACUUUAUUGAUAUCUUAUCAGCUUGCCCUCUUUUACAUACAUUUAGCUUUAAUUGUAUUUAUUCAAUUGAAGAUAAUUCUCAAAGCUGUUCUGAUUUGCCCUUUGAAAGAACUAUUAUGGAAACUGCUUAUCCAAUUCACUUGAGAAAUUUAAAAUUGUCCAUGAAUGGUUUAAAAACUUCUUGUCUUGAAUAUAUCGCAUUUUAUCUUCCUAAACAAUUAACAAACCUUAAAAUCGAUACUUUAGAAUCAUCAUUGACUCCUAUGUUUGAGAAAUAUCCAAUAACGCUUGUCUAUGAAUUCUUAAACCGUCUGGGUAAAAUUGAAAACGUUGAGUUGUAUUCUAGUUAUCAUGAAUUUGACCUCUUAACCACAAUUCUACGCUACGGACGUGUUCCUCUUAUGACUCUGGAUUCGCUAAGGAUAAUUAAUUCUGUAGAAUUCAUAUUUAAUAUAUUCAGUAGUCUAUGUAAUACCAUCGAUAAUCAUUGUAGGACUCAUAUUGAAUAUAUGUGGGAUUACAAACUUUACAAUGAUGUUCCAGAGCCUCGUUUCUUCAAGUCUGAGUCAUACAACAAACUCAGUAUCCGUCUUCCUGCUGGAAAACGAGGACAUAAUAUACUUAAUUCUGGAGAGACUAUGGAGAGAUACUUGCAAGAUCAAUAUAAUCUAUUUGUCAUAUGCAAUAAUAAACAACGUCCUUUAUUGAGUAAAGUAAAAUUCUUUACACUUCUUUCUCCAAUUCAUAACGAUUUCAACUUUAUUUACGAUGAUAUCUUUGAAGUAACAGAACCUACCUCGGUUUUCCUGGAUACGUAUUUAACUUAUCUGUUAGAUAACUGUCCUCAAUUGAAAUAUGUCGCUAUUGUACAUGGUGGAAAUGGUCGCCGUGGUCUAUGUGAGAGUCUUGUGAUGGGACCUAUCCCUAAACAUGAUAUAAUGUCUCAUUUAUCAACCAACAGCUAUUACAGAAAGCAAUGGAUAAAAGAAGAAAAAAGAAAUAAAAGGAUGCAAAUGAUGACAACAGAAGAAGCCCUACGAUAUGCUUCAUUUGAAAACUUUCAUAUCACUAAACGUAUCUUAAAGAUGAUGACCGAAAGACUUCCUAAUAUAGAGCAUAUUUUAUUAAGGGACUGUGUCUUUAGCUUUGAUCAACAAGAGAACAAAAUAGAAAUUGAUCUUCAAGGAUUCAAAAAUUUAAAAUCGUUCACAACAAGCCUUCUAUAUCUCAAGUUGAACACAAUACACAUCAUUCAUAUCUUAGUCAGGAAGAUCAUUCACGACAAUGAUAAGGAAGUAAAAAGUACUAUGGAUCGAUGUUAUCAAGUAGAUUUGGAUACAAAUUUAAAUAUAAUAGUUGAAUCAUCACUUCAGGAGAUUGAAGCAAUCCGAGAUACAGAAGAAUUUUUAUUAAUUCAAAUAAACGUACCUUUGCAAUUGAAUAUGAACUUAGGAAUGAAAAGAGACACGGUACAAGAUGACUAUUAUUUUGUUUUGUAAUUAUUAUUAUAUCAUAUUUUAUAUUCUUACAAUAAAGAAAAGAAAAGAAAAGAAACAUACUUCUUGCAUAUGAAUUUAU